AUGGCGGACAUGCCCAUUGUCCUCGACGGAGGAACCGGUUUCCUCAAGGUUGGAUAUGCUGGUCAGAACUUCCCAGAGCAUCAGUUUCCCUCCAUAGUGGGGCGGCCCAUCUUGCGAACAGAAGAGCAAGCUGGGGACAUCGUCGUGAAGGAUAUCAUGUGCGGAGAGGAAGCUGCUGCUGCCCGAUCGAUGCUUCAAAUCAGCUACCCGAUGGAAAAUGGUAUCGUUAAGAAAUGGGAUGACAUGCAACAUCUCUGGAACUACACCUUUUACGAAAAGUUGAACAUCGACCCCACGGGUCGCAAGAUCCUCCUCACCGAGCCGCCGAUGAACCCGCUGAAGAACCGCGAGCAGAUGGCCGAGGUUAUGCUGGAGGGAUACAAUUUCGGAGGUGUUUAUGUGGCAAUUCAGGCGGUGCUGGCACUGUAUGCCCAGGGUUUGAGCAGUGGUGUGGUCGUGGACUCCGGUGACGGUGUGACCCACGUCAUCCCCGUUUACGAGUCAACCGUGCUCAACCACCACAUCCGCCGGUUGGAUGUUGCUGGUCGUGAUGUUACCCGCAACUUGAUUGCUCUUCUUCUCCGCCGCGGAUACGCGCUGAACCGUACUGCCGAUUUCGAGACCGUCCGUCAGAUCAAGGAGAAGCUGUGUUACGUUUCCUACGACCUCGAGCUGGACAAAAAGCUUUCCGAGGAUACCACCGUUCUUGUCGAGUCUUACACCCUUCCCGAUGGUCGAGUGAUCCGUGUCGGUAGCGAGCGAUUCGAGGCUGCGGAAUGUCUUUUCCAGCCUCACUUGGUUGACGUUGACCAACCCGGCAUGGCUGAAUUGGUCUUCAACACAAUUCAAGGCACCGAUGUUGAUGUUCGAUCCAGCUUAUACAAGGCCAUUGUUCUCAGUGGUGGUAGCAGCAUGUACCCUGGUUUGCCUUCUCGAUUGGAGAAGGAGAUCAAGCAGCUCUGGCUGACCCGUGUUCUGGGCGGAAACCCAGAGCGUCUUAACAAAUUCAAGGUCCGCAUCGAGGAUCCUCCUCGACGAAGACAUAUGGUUUUCCUGGGUGGUGCCGUCCUCGCCAACUUGAUUGCCGAUAAGGAGGACAUGUGGGUAUCCAAGCAGGAGUGGGAGGAACAGGGAGCUCGUGCCCUGGCAAAACUCGGCCCUCGAUAA